AUGGGGUCGAACAUGCCCGACAAGCCCGUAGCGAACCGCGCUACCAGCACCAAAGCCGCCCUGCUGGCUGAAAAGAAUUUCUCGGCCAGAAACUAUCAGUCGCUCCUCAUCGUCUUCGCCCGCGCCCAGGGUGCCUCUGUCUGGGAUCCCGAGGGAAAUCACUAUCUCGACUUCCACGCUGCUUCAACUGCCCUUAACCAUGGCCAUUGCCACCCGAAACUUGUCGCAGCGUUGGUUGACCAGGCAUCACGCUUGACCCUGACCUCCCGCGCCUUCCACAACGACGUAUACCCCCAGUUCGCGGAGUUUGUGACCAAGCUCUUUGGCUAUGACCGGGUCCUGCCGUCGAGUACUGGCGCCGAGGCGUCUGAAACUGCAAUCAAGGUCGCGCGCAAAUGGGCUUAUAAGGUCAAAGGUGUUCCGCAGGACAAAGCUAUUGUCCUUGGUGUCGCAGGUAACCACCAUGGACGGACACUAGCCACGAUCUCUUUGGCCUCUGAUGAAAUGUCGCGUGAAAACUACGGUCCAUUGGUUCCGAAUAUCAGCUGCUCAAUUCCUGGGACCGACAAGUUGAUCGCCAUCAAUGAUAAGGCAGCGCUACGAGAUGCCUUUGAGGCAGCGGGCUUCAACUUGGCCGCCUUCAUCGUCGAACCAAUCCAAGGAGAUGCAGGCGUCAUUGUGGCAGAUGAUGACUAUCUGCAGUAUGCAAGAGCCCUCUGUGACAAGCACAAUGUUCUUCUAGUCUGUGAUGAAAUCCAGACUGGCAUUGCGCGGACUGGAAAGCUCCUUGGUCACUACUGGAGUGGAAUCAGGCCUGACAUGGUCCUAUUGGGCAAGACCAUGACAGGUGGCAUGUGCACCAUGUCCUGUGUCUUAGGAGAUAACGAAGUGAUGCUUACCGUCGAGCCCGGAACCCAUGGCUCAACUUAUGGUGGUAAUCCGCUCAGCGCGGCAGUUGCCAUGCGUGCUCUCCAAGUUGUCGAAGAGGAAGACCUGGCCAGACGGGCAGACCAUCUUGGUCAGGUCCUUCGUAACGGUCUGACUGCUAUCCAGGCCCAGACUCCUGGUCCUAUUAUCCAAACGGUCCGCGGUAGAGGGCUGCUCAACGCAUUCGUCAUUGACCAGUCCAAGGCCAAUGGACAUACAGGCAUAGAACUGUGCGAGCUGAUGAAACGGAAGGGUCUUCUGCUGAAAUCGAGUCGGACAGGCGUAAUCCGCGUCGCGCCUCCCCUUGUCAUUUCAGACUCUCAACUCGACCAGGCGCUGGAAAUUAUCAAGGAAUCCAUACAGGAGCUUCUCGCUCUCCCCGCAGCUGCGUAG